UCGGAGUGAGAAAGAAUCGUUGUAAUGGGAUUGAUAGAAAUUGUGUUGGCGGGGUUGUGUUUGAAUGCAACGUGUGAUUUUGAGGAGGAACAAUUUGGUAGGUAUACCAAAAUAUCAACCUAAAAUCAGAAACUAACGACGUUGGCGAAUGAGCUGAAAAAAGAAACCCUAACCAUAACAACAUUUGAGAAUGGGGAGCUUAGUGGAUACACAAUAGAAAAUGGAACGAUCCAAGGCACUGGAAUUGCUUUUGAUAUUAUCGGCAUUCUCCAAAACAAGUUUGGUUUCAACUACACUAUUGUUUUGCCAGAUGAACCACUUUUCAUGAGUGUAAUCAGCAAGAGAGGAGCCAAGAACCUUCUAGAAGCCAAAAGAGCAGACAUCGCCGUAGCUUUCCUACCAAUCGUGCAAUCUUUUCGGACAGACAUAACUUAUUCUACGAGCUUCGACGUCGCAGAAUGGAAUGUUCUGAUGAACAGACCCAAAGAAUCGGCCACUGGAUCAGGCUUGCUCGCCCCCUUCACCACCGUCGUCUGGAUUCUGAUCAUCUUCUCUGUCUUGAUCGUUGGACCGAUCAUGUACUUGCUGAUCCUCAUUCGGGCGAGGUUUUCCAGAGAGGACCACGCUGUUUUUUCGUUGCCUUCUUGCAUGUGGUUCGUCUACGGAGCGCUUUUGAAGCAGGGGUCCACUCUCAGCCCCAAGUCUGAUUCUUCUCGCAUCCUGUUUUCGACCUGGUGGCUCUUCAUCCUGAUCCUAACGGCUUUCUACACAGCUAACUUGACAGCCUUCCUGACUCUGUCAUCGUUCACUCUGCCGAUCACUAACCCCUCAGACAUCGCGCGGAAGAACUACAAGUGGGUCACGAACAGAGCGAACGGCAUCCGAGACCAUAUUUUCUUCGAAAAUCAGAACAGUAUGGCGCUUACUACCAAGCUAGUUGACCUCAUCGGUCCUGAUCGGUACUACGUGGAUCUGCCGGAUCUGGAUAUAGUGGAGCAGUACGUGGCCAAGAGGGACAUGAUGUUCAUCCGAGAGAAGACGAUUAUUCGCCACGUCAUGUACAAGGAUUAUCGUCUGAAAACUAUGCGAGGAGUGGAAGAAGAACAACGAUGCACUUAUGUUAUGGCCGAUUUUCCCAUAAAGAAGUUCCCUAGGGCUUUUGCGUAUGCGCCGAAUUUCAAGUACGCUGCUCUGUUUGAUAGAACCAUUCAAUAUGUAGUAGAGUCAGGUAUAAUCCAGUUCAAACUGAGAGAAAAUCUACCGGAAUCUGAGAUAUGCCCUUUGAACCUGGGAAGCAGCGAGAGGAAGUUGAGAAACACGGAUCUGCUGUUGACGUAUGUGAUAGUGGGAAGCGGUUUGGGAAUUGCUACCAGCGUUUUUCUACUGGAGAUUUUGUGGCGAUUACAGAAGAAUAAAUAUAAGAGCAGAGGAAAGUUCAGAGGAGCAAAAUGGCUGGAAAUGAAUAACAACAUGAUCAGAGGCAAACCUUUGGAGUUUCCCGUCAACAGUCCACCUCCAUCUUAUCAAGCAUUGUUUUUGCCGCCGUUCAACUUCAGCAACAGGGAAGGCCAUAAGAAGAACAUCAACGGCAGAGAUUACUGGGUCAUAGACAAAACCAAUGGCCUAAGAGAGAUAAUACCUAUACGCACACCGUCUGCUUUGCUUUUCCAAUAUUCCAAUUAGUGUUUUUGUGGUUGUCAUACUUUUUCAAAAGGGUGGGCUGACUUUGGGUGAUGCUUUGUAAUACGUUUUGUUUUAGAUAGAAAGUCACUUGUGUUGAUGAUUUGAUGUUCACAAAAUGUGGAUUCAAUGAAAUAAAUGAUUCAUGAAAUGAAUGAUUUCAAGAUCUGGAAACUAAACAGAGCUGAAUCAGUAGAAAAUUUGCUGGAGUGUAUUGAAGGGCAAAUUGAAAAGUUCUUCUAAAUUGUUAGUGUGUAAUAUGAACCAUUGGAGAAUCCAAUUAGUCAGUAACUUGUCUUAUUCAUAAAUUUUGCCUACAAAUUGAGUAAUCAAUUUAACAUUUCUAUACUUAGCCACAUACCCGUUCUCAAAACCCAAGUGUGCUAGCUGUAUUUUCUUAGACUCACGUCAAGAGAUUAAAAUGUACAGGGUGUCCCAAAUUCGAGAGUGCCCGUUGAGUUCUCGAAAACCGUAAGAGAAACAGGGUCGGUUGUAAUGAGACAAAUUCGGUACUCUUCAAAAUGAUGUUUUGAAAUCUGGAAAAUUCCAAAGACUCUUGAAGGUACCCUGAAAAAAAACGGAAAACCUGUCAUUAUUUGAAGUUCUUUCUAAAAACAAAAAACACUUCCUUUUAGCAGCUUUUCUCCUUUUGCU